GAAAAACCCAGCUGGAAGUCUCUGUCUCCGGGGGGUUGCUGUUACUGUCACCUGGAGGGCAGUCCACCCCUGAGGCUGCAUUUGUUACCUGAGCAUUCAGGAACAAGCAGUUCAGCUCUUUUAUGUGCUGGCUGGAUUUGCUUGUAUUUGUUCCUAGUCACUGCUCAUGUGAUGCACUCCCUUAACCAGGAAAUUAAAGCAUUCUCCCGGAAUAAUCUCAGGAAGCAAUGCACCAGGGUGACAACGCUAACUGGAAAGAAAAUUAUAGAAACAUGGAAAGAUGCCAGAAUUCAUGUUGUGGAAGAAGUAGAGCCGAGCACUGGGGGUGGUUGUGGUUAUGUGCAGGACCUUAGCUUGGACCUGCAAGUUGGCGUUAUUAAGCCAUGGUUACUCCUGGGAUCACAAGAUGCUGCUCAUGAUCUGGAUACACUGAAAAAGCACAAGGUGACUCAUAUUCUCAACGCUGCCUAUGGAGUUGAAAAUGCUUUCCUCAGUGACUUCAUAUAUAAGAGCAUUUCUAUCCUGGAUUUGCCUGAAACCAAUAUCCUGUCUUAUUUUCCAGAAUGUUUUGAAUUUAUUGAACAAGCAAAAGUGAAGGAUGGAGUGGUUCUUGUUCAUUGUAAUGCGGGAGUUUCUAGGGCAGCUGCAAUUGUAAUAGGCUUCCUGAUGAAUUCUGAAGAAAUCUCAUUUACUAGUGCUUUUUCUUUGGUGAAAAAUGCAAGGCCUUCCAUAUGUCCAAAUGCUGGCUUCAUGGAGCAGCUUCGUACAUAUCAAAAGGGCAAAGAAAGCAAUAAGUGUGACAAAAUACAGGAAUUAGAAGGGGACAACAGUUCAUGAGUUACAUUCUAGCAGAUGAUGGACAAGUGUAAAUUCUGAGUUGUCCUCUAUAGCUACCUUUCCCCUUGUUUGGAUAGUAGACUAAUAAAAAAUGUCCUUUUCUCUUGCAUUUUUCAAGUGGAAGUGGAGGUCAAUUGAUUGUCCUGAGCUAGUGUAUAAAUAAUUUUUAAAAUUAUGUAUUCUUUGGUAUUAUGUGAUUAAAUGCGUCUUUGAUUUGCUAAGGGAGAAUAACAAUGUAUUACCAAUAAUUGAUUUCUGUAGAAGGAAAAGGUUUAAAUUUAAAAUCUAUGUUAGAACAUGGAAAGAUUAAAUCAGUUAAUUAAGACUUUUGGUAUUUUUCUAUUCCAGCAACUGUUUCCAUGAAGGAAAAAAACUUGAAAUGCUACUUGACUUACUAUUUCAGAGGGGGAUAAAUUUCUUGUAAAUAAUUUAAGAUUAAAAACCAAUACCCUAAACCUUCCAAAAGAGGUAACCAAAAUGUGAAGGUUUACACAAUAGUUACAUAGUAGUUACCAUAGUCACAACAUUUUUAUGUCCUUUUAUGAAAAUGUACCCACUUUUCAUUUUGAUUUUAAAAAAUUUAUAUUCCCUGCUUUGACUUUUUAAAGUUUUUGUAUAGCUUUUUCUCUCUUACAUUAUAGUGAGCUUAUGGUUCGUUAAUGAGGUGAUCUAGUCUCUUACAUUGUGUACUUUUUAUCCUGGGUCCCUAGCAUUCUGUUUUUGGAUCCCGUAAUUUUUUUUUUGAUUUCCUUGGAUCAAGUUUUAUACUGAAAGAUCAUUUUUCAGAUUUGAUUUGUUCAAUGAUCUGUUUUCUAGUUUGAUAUUCUACUAGAGAACAUAUUUUUAAGGAAAGAAUGGUUAUGGUUUUGUAAGAAAUUUUACAUACAUUGUUAGACAGACUAAAAUCAUUUAUAAUUUUAUCUCUGGCCAGAGACUUUGAAUAGUUUCUUUUUUUUAAAAUUAAGUCUCCAUAUUGGCAAGGCUGAACUUAUCUAUACACCAUAAAUUUGCUUAAAGAUAUUCUUUGACUUAUUCAAAAUAAAAAAUGUACUUAAAAUUAAUUAUAAUAAUUAAGAUAGGAUUUAUUUAAUAGCUUUCAAGUAGCCUUUCAUGACUUAGACAAUUUUAUUGUCCUUUAGAUUUUAUAACAGUUCUGAGCUCUUCUUCAACAUAUAUUAGAGAGAGUAAGCAUAUUCCCAUAUGUAAGUUGAAAGUGCAUGCACAUACAUUGAGCACACAGUGCAUUUGAGGAAAACAGGUUUCUUAUGUUGUCAGGAGCAAAAGCAUAAGUGAGAAGUGCAGAUUAUGUCUCGAGAUAUCUUAUAGUCUGACAAGAUGCCAUCACAUGCAAAGCUAUGAACUUUGCUUCUGUUAAGCAGCAGCAUACAUGUAAUCAACCUACUGUGAGCUGUUUAAAACAACCAAGGUGGACAGAAUCACCUUAAAUAUGAAACUGAUGUGUACUGUUGUCUCUGUUGCUGAGGGUUUGCAGGGUGAACCUUUUCCAUUCACAUGAAAACAUUUAUUUAAAUACAUUUUCUUUUGCCUAAGUGCUGUUUAGUUUUUCAGCCAUUAAAUGUUGUGACAUGAAGCCUUGAAUAGAACUUGUUCAUAAUGUAGUAUAGUACUUAUCUCUGUAGUUUGUAUGCUAUAGUUGUUGCCUCUAGUGGUUUGGUUAUGGUGCAAGCUCAUAUUUUCUUUAUCAUCUACAGAAGUGUGUUGAAUAUCUAUUUCAUUUGAUCUUAAAUGAUAGUAGUUGCUGUAUCUAAAAUAGAUCAAUGAGUGUAAUUCAGUCUUUUAAAUUAGGGGUACUAUGUAAGGCAAUGAUGGGUCAUAUAUAUAGUAUGUUUAUUGUUUCCCAUGGAUAUAAGGCACUCUGUCAUACCUAGUUAUUUAUAAAAAGGAAUUUUAUCAUUAUGAUGAUUUAUCUCACAUCAAUGAAAAAAAAUGUAUAUCAAAUAGAGGGAAAAAUAUUCAAGGAGUUUGUACCUGUAUUUUAAAAAUAGGUUUGUCUACCAUUUUUUAAGGGGCAGAGGAAAUGAAAAUAUUUAUUUUUAAACGUUGAAAAGAAAUAUAGAGCCUUCCUAGCAACCUGAAAAGAUGAGUAGAACAAGGUACUGAAAUAUAUGAUAAAAUUCUGUUUAUUUGAGAUUAAUAUUUUUUAAAUGUUUUGCUAAAACUUUAUGUUUUAAUAUGUUUGUGAUUAUACAUAAUUUGAAUUGAAAACCAAGAAAUAUUUUAAAUUUUUUGAAAACUGAAGAAAUCUUUUUUUAAAGAGUCUUUUGGACAAAAUUUAGACCAUUUUAACUCAAAGACAAGAUUUCAGAGUAAAUGGAGUACAGUAUUUAAAAUUAUUAUUGCAGUUUUACUUUCACAUCCUUUUUUCCCUAUUGAACUUGAUUGACAUGUAUGAAUAGCACGUUCAUAUUGUAUGAAUAUGUAUUAUGCAACCUAGGUAAUAUACUUUGAUUCUGAUUGAUAAUUUCAGUGCUGACGGGGAACUGCCAGGACUUGUCCACAUGAUUAUUAGUAACUCAAAUGUUCAAAUGUAUAUAGCAAGUUCCCCUCAAAGGUAAUUUAUCCAAAGAUUCUUGAAUGUAGCAAGUAUAAAUCAGAUCUUAUAACUUUACCAGUGAGUUAACUCAAUAAAUUGACACCUUUAUAAGCAAAGCCAUAAUACAUUCUAAAAUAACAGAAAAUGUAGCACAAUGAAUUAUUUGUUUUUGCCAGGUGACUCUAAAUAGUUGAUUUUUCUGCCCAAAGGAUCCUGAACAUAUUUAGUCACCAUGUAAUUAUUUAAGAAUAUAAACCAGAAGAUUUUAAAAUUUUAUAUUCUUGCAAUACAUUCAAUGGAAUUUACAGUUAACAAAUUUAUGGUUUGUUUUCAUUGCUAUACUUUAAAAUAACAUAAACUUUUCUAUUUCAAGUGAAGCUUGACUUGUUUUGUAUCCAUAUUUGUAAUUACCCUUUAUUGUUUCUAGGUAUUGAUGUACUUUAAUAAAAUAAUAAAUUUAUUA